AUGCCUCCAGUGAAACAAGUUUACAGCCAACAGCAACCCUCAAACUGGGAAAAGUUCAAAAUGGGCCUCAUGAUGGGGACCUCCGUAGGUGUUUGCACCGGUAUCCUCUUUGGAGGCUUCGCGAUCCUUACCCAGGGACCGGGCCCAAAUGGUUACAUUAGAACACUUGGCCAGUACAUUGCGGGCUCCGCAGCAACGUUCGGUUUAUUUAUGAGUAUUGGUUCAAUCAUUCGUAGUGAAGAACUCGCUCCCGUCGGGACGAUCACUGAAGGGAACUUAAAUACUUUGCAAAGACGGGCCAAGUUUGAAGCAUGGAGAGCCCAGGCAGCCUACGGAUUGUACAGAAAGAGAGCUACUGAGCUCAAAGAGUUCAAGGAUUUUUGA